CCCCCUUGUAUAGUGCUAAAUGGAAGUACUUUGCAUACAAUGUAUGUGCAUGCAUUCUGUGUGUAUGCACUUGUGUUGUAGAUGGAUUGCAUAAUUAUUAUGUGUAGUUGCCAUAUACCAUCAUUGUUCCAGUGAAUGUUUCAACAGUGAAGUUGCAAGUUGCAACCGUCUUCAAAAGUUUGAUUUCCAGUGAUUGUGGAGCAUUUUACAGACCCGAAUUGAUUGUUAUCUGAAGGUUGGGUGACCAUACGACCAGUGAAUAAACGACAGUUCGUGAACUUUAACUGAAUCUUCGUACCUCGUCAUUUCAAUCUUGUGAAUAACAACUUUAGGGUGUUCGUGUAAUUGUCGAAACUCCUCGGUUUGCUAGUUGUAAACGGAGGCAGUCACACAAUAUCUCUUGUCAAUAUUGAAUCGCAUGUGUAUUGCCCCUAACUCUCAGUGUAUCAAAUCUCCAUGUAAGGAGAGGAUCGAAUGAUUUCAAAGCUGUGAUCAUUUCCAAACUGAGACAUUGUCAAUUAGACCUAAUAGCUUGAAAGGAGCAUCAUUGCAUCCAGCAAUACUAGUUUCACACCUGGUAUCUAGUGACCUAAUCUAUCGGCCUACUUCGACGUCGAACGUGACUUCGAAACGGUCGUCUUCCUCGAAAUAUGAUGUCUGGAUUAAAACGAUACUUUUCGCUUUGGCGGGUGUCGAUGGCGUUGUUUACAUGCCUCUUCUUUGAGGGUGUUCAUGUGGGCUUGCCGGUGGUCAUCGACGAUAUCGCAGAAGAGCUUCAUACGACCACUGCCAUAAUCGGAACUACGAUGGCGAUCUUUGUCGUUCCUUUCGGUAUCUCAGGUCCUCUGGUAUCAUACGCCCUCAACAUUGUAGGAUGUCGUGUGGUCAUCAUGAUAGGUGGUGUUCUUCUAUCUUCAGGGAUAUUCCUCACGGCGUUCGCACGACAUAUUGCCUUCGUUUGGGUUGGUUACAGUUUGCUUGGAGGGAUUGGAGGGAGUGCUUUGUACACAGCAUCUACAGCUACCAUUCGACAGCACUACUCUGACCGUCACUACGCCCUAGCUAAUGGAGCUGCAAUAACUGGCAUCCCGAUGUCGAUGUUUGUGUUCUCUCCAGUAAUCCGGACCCUUGCUUCUGCCUACGGAUGGAGAGGGGCUUUAAUAAUUGGCUCGGCCAUAUCGCUCAACAGUGUCGUCAUUGGCGCACUAAUGAAACCCGAUGUCGUCAGAAAGCGAGGGCCCCUGGUCGGUGAUGUGUGCCAUGACUACCACGUCGACGAUAAUAAAGGUGAUGUUGACAAUGGGACUAACAAGCUACUGCUUCGACCAUCCCCAUCUGACCAUCAACCUACUGCUACCGUUCUGGAUUUUCCAGAAUCACACGACCAAGGAAGUUCUUCAGGAGUUGGCAAAGACUGUAGUGGAUCGCUGAACAACCAAAGUUGUUAUCUGCGAGCACCACUGGGCAUUACAGUGCCAUGUAAUGGUCAAGAGCAACAUGGUGAUUCGGAUGAAGAUAUAGACGAGAAUAGGGAGAAGAUUCAAAGUCUUGCGACUUUUAAUACAGAUGGCCACAUCCAUUCUGGAGUCUAUAUCACGGAUGAAAAAGAACGUCCUCAAUCUACAUUCCUCGGAAUAGACCAUGGUUCUAACUGUAGUCCAUCUAGUGUGAAUGAUGUGCGAAAGGAUGACAAAUAUCAUAGCCUAAAGAGUGUAAGGGUUAUUAAAUCUACAUUUAAAGUAUCCAAUCUUUUCAAGUUUAGCGCCAAACCCCUCACGAGGACAACCAAAAUUUGUCACGUGGCACUCCUUGUCGCUAUAUUUUUCCUGGCAGCUACUUACAUGGCUGGUUCCAUUUUCAUGGCCCCUGCUGGGACUCACGGAGGACUCUCCCCCAUGCAAGCAGCCACACUUCUUUCCGUCUUCGGGGGGUCUCAGGCUGUUGGUCGUUUCUUCAAUGGCAUUCUUGUGACGAAGGGUUACGUGAAAGCCGUGCAUCUCUUCAUAGGCGCGCAGAUACUGAUGGCAUCAGCCUCUUUGGUCCUCGGACUUUUGAUGAAGGUUUACGUGGUCGCCAUCUUGGCAUCACUGGCGUUUGGAGUGUCCGCUGGGGCUAUCAUCUCACUCAACGUCGUCAUGCAGAGGGUGAUCGAUGACAGUGCGACGUCGACCUCGUUAGGAUGGCUAGUAUUCGUCGAGGGUUUCGGUGGCCUCUUCGGCAAUUUUGCAUUAGGUUACUUGACUGGUAGCUUUGUGCUCAUGUUCGUUCUGGCUGCAGUCUUCACAUCACUGGCUGUUGCCCUUAGCGUUAUCAUCCUUAUACUCAAGAAGCGGGAAGCGGUGUCCAACAAAGCAAUUUAGAAUUCCUGGCUGAUUCAGCCUUAGAGAAGAAAACAAAUACAGUGUUGCAGGAUAUUAACCCUACUAUAUAAUACAACUUAUUAAGAACGCAUGUGUCUUUCAAAUUAUAACUGAUGUAGUGUUUUUGUUAAUUAAAACAAAUAUUGUAUAAUUAUUAUAUUGCCUAUAAUCGUCUUUAGCAAUCGUCACCCAUAUCAAACUAGCUUAUGCCUAUACUUCAAUUCUUCAUGAUUGUACGAAAGUAAUUCAGUCAUGAAGUAAAAUUUGCGACAACAUUUUUUAUAGCAGUUGUGUAGGUGGGAGGGGCAUGUAUCCCCAAUUAAAUAACGAACAAAAGAAAAAGAAAAGAAAAUGAGGGGGAAAGGGUGGUAUGUGACGUGAAAAGAUAAUUGAUGGUCUUCUUCCUGUGACCCUCCUCCUAAUAAAUGGCCUUAACAAAUAUAAAAAUCUGGAUGUAUGUAGCGCCUAAUUAGAAAUACUGUCACUAAGCACUUUACAGAUAUUAAAUUAGCACUUCAUCCACAUUAUUAUUAAGACUUAUUCUUCCCCAAUAGUGACAUAUAUUCAUAAUUAUAUAAUGUUAUAAUAAUGUCUCCGAAAGAAAUCUGGUCACCUCCUAAAAGCUGGAUUUUGUAUCAAUUAAGAUCUAGAUUUCUGCCUCUAAGUGUCUAAGGACACUAAACGAAAUCGACGAGAUGGUUGCCCUUUCUUUCAACGUUCCGUUACCUUGGUAACGAUGCUCACAGGGACCAGUCAAAAUGGCGCCGGUCUUUACCGUGCCCUAAUAUUAAUGGGGGAAGUCCACCCUGAUAUUAUUGCUUUUAACAGAGAAGAAAAUGAGAGAAACGGGUCAGUGAAAGUUUGAGCAAAAAACGAUUAUAAAUAAGAAAGCUAUGACAUUUGGAAGGUGCGAUUAAUAAUUAAAGACAAAUUGGUGACAUUGUGACGUAUCUUGGGAGCUCCCCUCCCAUUACCUCAGUCCUGAAAAACUUAUGUGUAUUUUCCCUUCAGGAAAAUUUUCCAUCAUACAUGUACACUAACCCUACAUAUAAUUUAUUGCAAAUGUGUUUUUAUUCAAAUACGGUGAGAAAUAAAUAUAUUCCGUCAUCAAUAACUAAGAAAAUGAAAGUAUAUGACAUUUUGUGUAGAGACUAGAAGCAUAUUCUGAGGACGGUUGAAAGAAUACUGGGUGUUGAGAGGGUAACCUUGAUCUUUCAUGAUUUUGUUUUUUUUGGACAUGACUCUCUGUUCGAACAAACAGUUCAUAUCAGUCAAAUCAUGCCCUAUCACUCUCUUGCCGCUCGUCGCAACCGGUCUAAGUCCGGUUUUUCUGGGUCCCAUUUCCGUAAAAACAAAUCAUGUUGUAUGUUAGAAUGCUUUGUAUUAAUGACUUAUAGAACAAAACCAGAAUUGUUCUGUCAACGUGAAUAUUUUUCAUCAUUCUCAGAAAGUAGAGUCUUUGGUUUCCCUUCUUACACAAUGUUUGUGUGUUUUUAGUCCAGUCCAAAAUGUUGGUAACUAUGCUUCCCAGGUACUUGUACUCCUUCAACUGUUCAACCUCAUUAUUAUGAAGAAAUAACGGAUCGUGUUUAUUUGAUUUUUUCCGAAAGUCAAACACCAUUUCCUUUGUUUUAGAUACGUUUAAGUGGAGGUAGUGCGCAUCACACCACUCAAUGAAAGCCUUCACCGUUGUGACAUAGUCAUUUACAUUCUCAUCAGUAAGAUGUCCAGUGAUUACCAUAUCAUCAGCAUAGUUUAUGAUAUUACAAUUUUCAUUGUCACUGAUAAAUUUACUAGUAUACAGGGAGAAUAAUAAUAAUAAUAAUAUAAUUAUAAAGAGAGAGAGAGAGAGAGAUGCAUUAAUGUUAUUUGCGCUAGUAAAGGCUAUUGUAAGGAAAUUAGUGCAUGCGCCACUACUUUCUAGGCAAUGUUUACAUCGUUAACUUCAAAGGCCGAGAAAUAAAAUUACAUUUUCACUCAUUGAAGAUAAGUAUCUUAAGUUGUCUUUUUUACCUGGCGCAAAAAUGACUCCACUAAUCGCUGAUGCAGUAGCUACGUCUAUUUUACGUCUCUCUUCCCUCUUUCUCUAUCUAUCUCCCCCUCUCUCUAUGGUGACAGGUUCUCGUGGUGUGAUUACUCAUGCUACUAAGAAUAGAUUGAUAGAUGGUGACGGUACCUAAAUGUAAGGUGAGGUAUAAUUAUGUGCAACUAAAGGACAUAAUUUGGAAAAAGACAGAAUUACAUGAAAUGCACACACAAUAUUCUAUGAAUUUAUAUAAAUCAUAACAAAUCAAAGAAUUAAAGGCGAUAUUUCAAGUUCGGCCACAUUGUGCAGUAAUAUAACAAAGACCUUGAUUAUAGAUAUAAAGUUUUGAAAUAUUUUGGGGAUUAUUUUACUUAACAGUAUAAUAACUUACGUAUAAUAUAUCUGAGGUUAUAUUUUCUAUAAAUUUCAGAGUACUCUAUUUAGUGAUACAAAACUAGGCAAUAAUAUCUUUCUUCAAGCAUUUUUUCUAAAUAUAUGCUUGGUAAUUUUUUUUUCUAAUCCAAACAUAUCGUUAAAUUAUGUGUACUUCCUCUAUAUUACUAGAUUUAGGUUGGAAAUAAGAGUGUUACAAAACUGGGUG